CAGUGCCCUCUUCUGUCUCUAUGGAGACAAGACACAUGCUAAACCUGCUAGCAUUGGCGCUAGCAUCACCCAGCUGUUUCAUCCAUUUUGUUUAGCCUAGCUAAGCUGCGUGUAUUUACAGUGCGGCAGAGAUGGAUGACGGCGACGAGCCAGGUUUAGUCCUCUCUCACAAUACUUCGUCGGGCUCCAAGUCGAGUGGGGACAAGAUGUUUUCCCUGAAGAAGUGGAAUGCUGUAGCUAUGUGGAGCUGGGACGUUGAGUGUGACACUUGUGCCAUUUGCCGAGUACAAGUAAUGGAUGCGUGUCUACGAUGCCAGGCGGAAAAUAAACAGGAGGACUGUGUUGUUGUGUGGGGAGAAUGCAACCACUCCUUCCAUAACUGCUGCAUGUCCCUGUGGGUGAAGCAGAACAACCGCUGCCCCCUCUGCCAGCAGGACUGGGUGGUUCAGAGAAUCGGCAAAUAAGCUGCACAUCCAGGUGGAUUACACCUGCGUGCACCCCAAAGCGGUGACAGACUUGGCAGUGAUCACUGCAGAGCCUUGUGCGGAGCCGCUGACACCGCAGUUGUCCUCCUGCUUAUUGAUUGCAUGUUUUCAGUAGUCCCGGUACCAGAGGAAGGACAAAAUGAAAGCUGCACAGACUGGUUACUCAUGGAGCCCUGAAGAAGAUGGAUGAAAUAUGUUGAAUUGUUUGGUCACUUGUUAGCUUUACAUUGGUGUCUGUGGUGGUGUUUGGCACACCUUGAAUAUGUGACCCUUUUCUCUUCUUUAAAAAAAAAAGAAAAAAAAAAGACUAAAGAUCUGUAAUAUGUGGGGGGUUUUCAGUAAGAAGUUUGAAUAAACUCUGUAUGAUAUGA